AUGGCUAGCAAAAGAAAACGAUUAACUUUAAAAGAAAAAAUAGACAUUCUGGAAUUUCGAACAUCAAAUACAAUGGGCGUUCGUGCAUUAGCAGACAAAUUUAGUGUUAGUAAAACACAAAUUGCUGAUAUUAUAGCAAAUAAAGACGCUCUUUACAAAAUUUGGGCUGAAAAUGGAGAAGAGAAACGGAAAUGGACAAAGCUACAAAAAACAGAAACCUCUAUAAUCGACAAUGAAGUAUUAAACUGGUUUUCAAAAUUACGAGAAAAAAAUCUUCCUGUUUCAGGACCGAUGCUUCAAGAAAAAAGUAAGCAAAUCGCUGAAAUGCACGGAUUUGAUUUUAAAGGCUCUAAUGCAGUGGUUUUCAAACUUUUUUUAUACACGGCACACCGUACACUUCAAAAAAUUUUCACGGCACACUGA